AUGCCGGCGCUUCAGUACUCGAAGGAGAAGAAGGACAAGGAGCAGGAGCAGAAGGACAAGGCUGAGGAGGACCGUUUCGUCAAGGCGUUUGCCAAACUGCCGGCUCGACCAGCAGGGACAAUCAGGCUGUUUGACCGGUCCGAGUUCUACUGCGCGUACGGCGAGGACGCCUUCUUCGUCGCCAAUCACCAUUACAAGACGCAAACGGUCCUCAAGUACCUCGGCUCGGAUGAAGACGGUCUCCCCUCGGUCACUCUCUCGCACGCCGUCGCACAAGCAUUCCUGCGAGACGCCCUAACCACCAAGCAGCUUCGCGUCGAGAUCUGGGAACCAGAAAGCGGAGGAGUCGGUCGCGGCUCGACAAAGUGGAAACUCGCCAAGGCCGCGUCGCCUGGCAACCUCGGACCUGUCGAGGAUCUGCUCUUCACCUACACCGACCUCCUCGCCUCGCCCGUCCUCGUCGCCAUUCGUCUCCAGGUCAAGGACAAUGUCAAGACGAUCGGGGUCGCCUUCGCAGACACGAGCAUGCAGGAGCUCGGCGUCAGCGAGUACGUCGACAACGAGCUGUUCUCCAACACCGAGGCCCUCCUCAUCCAGCUUGGCGCGAAGGAGUGCCUCGUCGUCGAGCAAGACAAGGCGCACGAGUACGACCUCAACAAGCUGAAGACGUUGAUUGAGCGGUGCGGGGUCGUCAUCACCGAGCGCAAGAAGAGCGAGUUCACAAGCGGGUCGGUCGAGCAAGACUUGAAUCGCCUUCUCCGCGGAUCGCUGCAAGCUGCCAGUCGUCCCGAAUUCGACCACAAGGUCGCCAUGUCAGCCGUUGCUGCGCUCAUUUCGUACCUGGCCUUGAUGCAGGACUCGUCCAACUUCGGCGCCUACGCUCUCAAGACGCACGACCUCAGCAUGUACAUGCGCCUCGACGCGAGCGCCUUGAGGGCUUUGAACCUCAUGCCCGACCCGACUGGGAUCGGCAACUCCUCGAAGACCAUGUCCGUUUUCGGCCUGCUCAACCGCUGCAAGACGGCGCAGGGCACUCGCCUCCUCGCGAUGUGGCUCAAGCAGCCGCUCGUCAACCGUCAUGUCAUUCUGCAACGGCAAGACCUCGUCGAGUGCUUGGUCGAGUCGCAGGAGUUUCGGCAGGCGAUCACGGACGACUUCCUCAAGUCGAUGCCCGACUUCCACCGCAUCUCGAAGCGCUUCCAGAAGGGUGCCGCAUCGCUCGAGGACGUCGUGCGAGUCUACCAAGCCGUCCUCCUCUUGCCCGGCCUCAUUACCGUUCUCGAGCGCGGCGUCGAAGUCGAGGAUGAGGACGGCGAUGCGCAGAUGCAGGAUGGAGAGGAGGGCGAGAAUGGUGCCGAGAAGGAAGAGUCGAGGGAGAAGCGGUGGAAGGGCCUGAUCGACGAGCUGUGGCUGCAGCACUUGCGGACGCACAACGACUCGCUGUUGCCCUAUCAAGAAAUGGUGGAGACGACCAUCGACCUCUCUGAACUCGAUCGUCACAACUUCGUCAUCAAGCCCGACUUUGACGAAUCGCUCGCCGUCAUCCGCGAGAAGCUCGAGGCUGUCCGCGACGGCCUGAAUGAGGAGCACGAGGAGGUCGCGCGAGAUCUCGGCAUGGAACCGGAUGGCAAGGUGUUGCACUUUGAGCAGACGCCCUUGUACGGGUACUGCUUCCGCUUGACGAGGAAGGAAUCUGCGGUGAUUCGGAACAAGAAGAACUACAUCGAGCUCAAGAACCAAACGAACGGCAUGUACUUCACGACCAAGGCGCUCAAGCAGCUCAACGACGAGUACCGUGACUGCACGAAGGAGUACGAGAAGAAGCAGAGCCAGCUCGUCAAGGAGGUCAUCCAGAUUGCCUCGUCGUACUGCGAGGUGCUUGAGACGCUCAACACGGUCAUCGCGCACAUCGACGUGAUUACCAGCAUCGCCACGUCCUCGCUCAACGCACCAAUCCCCUACAUCAAGCCGACUAUCUUUGAGCGCGGCGGUGGCAGUCUCAAGCUCGAGGAGGCGCGACACCCUUGUCUCGAAGUUCAGGAGGGAAUCGACUUCAUCGCCAACGACUGCCACCUCGAGCGGGACGUCAGCGAGUUCUCCAUCAUCACUGGUCCGAACGCAGGCGGCAAAUCCGUCUUCAUCCGCCAAACCGCUGUCGUCGCUCUCCUCGCGCAAAUCGGCUCAUUUGUCCCCUGCUCCUUCGCCGAAGUCCCCAUCUUCGACUCGAUCCUGUGCCGUGUCGGAGCGGGCGACUCGCAGCUCAAGGGCGUGUCGACUUUCAUGGCGGAGAUGCUCGAGACGAGCGCGAUCCUGAGGCAGGCGACGAGGGAUAGUUUGGUCAUCAUUGACGAGCUUGGGCGCGGGACGUCGACGUACGACGGGUUCGGACUCGCGUGGGCCAUCUCCGAACACCUCUCGACCGUCACCCGCGCCUCCGUCCUUUUCGCCACCCACUUCCACGAGCUGACCGCCCUCGCGAACCAAGUUCCGCACGUGAAGAACUUGCAUGUCGUUGCGCACGUCGAGUCGAACCCGGACACGCUCACGGGCAAGGACAUCACGCUGCUGUACAAGGUCAUGCCGGGCAUCUGCGACCAGAGCUUCGGUAUCCAUGUGGCGCAGUUGGCCAACUUUCCAGACGAGGUGGUCAAGCUCGCCAAGCGCAAGGCGGACGACCUCGAGGACUUCACGGAGAAGCCCGUAUCCGCCGAUGCUGCUGAGCCCGCCAUCGCUCACCUGUCGCCUGAAGCUAUCGCCGAGGGUACUGCGCUCGUCGAGGCGUUCCUCGAGACGUGGGCGUCGCGGACGGCCGAGUUGCCCGCCGCGGUCGCCGACGAGGCUCGGACUGGCGAGACGCGCGAGGACGUCGAGCUGAAGGAGCUCGUCAGGUGCUUCGAGGAGUACAAGAGCCGGUUCGAGGGGAGCGAGUGGACGAGGGAGGUACUCGCGAAGACGUACUGA